AUGAGGCACAGCGCGGCCUUGGUCUUGGCGUUGACGGCUUCGGCCGCGGCAUACUCGCCUGGUGAGGAGGAGUCGUGGACGCCAGCGCGACAAACGGAUUCGAGCUACGAUCAUGAGCUUCACAUGGCGCAGGGAAGGUCCCCUGUUCCGACAGAGGGACCAAAGGGUGUGUUUGGACGUAUGGACUUACAGCCGAGACUGGAUGGGUAUACAUUGGGACCGUUGACGUGUGGAUUUGUCUCCUCAAAUGGAAACUCUCUCGUCUGUCUCUCCUCAACGACAGAUACAUGCGCCUACGUGAGCGGCUACAUGGGCUGCUGCGAACCCAACAAAGACUGCUCCCGUAUCAAGACCCGAUGCAUCAACUACAGUCAAUCCAAAGCCGGUCUCUGCACCAGUCUCACAGACUAUCACACCGUCUGCUGCAACAUCAACUCGCCAGCAUGCUACACCUACACAAUGACCUUCUCCGGCGGCGCGGGCACCAAAACCGGCACCUUCACAGCCCUAGACUGCUCUCCCACUGCCGGCUCCGGUAAACUCCUCGACUACGACCCCUCGUGGUCCAAGACGCACAGCUUCCCAUCAUCAACAUCCACCAGCACAACCACCACCGCGCCUCCCGAGACGACGACCCCUGGUGGCGGCGGCGGAAGCUCAACCAACGUCGGCGCUAUAGCAGGAGGCACAGUCGGAGGCGUAGCGGCCCUCGCCCUCGUCGGAGUAGGCGCCUUCCUCCUCCUCCGUAAGAAGAAGACCAAGGGGAGCGAUACCUCAUCACCCCCCGUGGCAAUGGCCCAGACGCAACCGCAGCAACCUCCCCCACAGGACUUCUCCGGCUCUCCUCAACAAGGGUUCCAGACUUAUCCCCAGCAGGGAUAUAACCAGAACACGCAGAGCGUAUACGACCCCCAUAUGAGCAUGUACUCCCAGCAGACGCCGUACUCGCCUCAGCAACAGCAAGGAUAUCCUCAGUUCCAGCAGCAGCAACCGCAGCAGCAACCGCAGCAGUAUAACCAGUUCCCUCAGCAGCAGGGAUACAAUUACCCCAGCAAUACGGGCAGUUAUGCUGGCUCACCGCCGCCUCAGACGACGCCCAGUCCCAUGGUCGAUGGGGCCGAUAGGACUGCUACGAGUCCGCAUCCGACGUCACCGGGUGGAACGGAGAAUGCGCAUCAGCAGGCUCCUACUGAGUUGGCGGUGCAGCAUCCUGUUGGGAAUGAGCAUAAUAGGGCGGAAUUGGGGAGUUCGUAA